AUACGACCUGGUUUCGCCCUUGCCACGAAACGGAAAUCACUCGCAUUUAAGUCUCAAAGACCGGCGCUUGGCAUGAGCUCAACAAAAAGGGAUGAUCUACAAAUGCUGAGGCUGGCUUGGAACUUAGAUUGUUUUUGACCGGUGGGGGGCGGCGAUGACCUGCUUGAUUGAUGUGAUGAUUUGCUUCCACACUGUGCUCCCUUCCCCCAACCUGCAGAGGACAUUUUGCCAUGUCCGAUGGCUAGCGUCCUUGCUAUGACAGCAACUCGCAUGGCGGGAACUUCAGCGUCAUGGGUCCACAAGGCAUGCCGCAAGCUGCCUGUGCACAGCAAACUCCUAUGGCCCGGAGCUAUCCAUACCAGCUUCUGUCCCACCAAUCCAAGCAACUAACCAGUUACUCCAGCCCGAGUUAAGGGGGCUGUGUUACCUUUUAUUUCUCGAUUUGAAACGUUUGUCUCUCGGCGGGCGGAAGUUCUUGCGCAUGUAUCCGAACAAGCUGUGUUUAUUUUACUCACUCGAAGGCCCUUAAAGCUGAGCGGUCAAUGGGUGUGUCUGUUGGCGGGAGUGGCUGCGCUACUAAAACCUGCCAGGUGGAUACUGGUUGUACAGAGGGAAGGCAGAAGGAAACCUCUCUAGCCCAGCCACAGCUAGCUUAUAAAGAAGGUGUGCUGCCCAGCUUUGUCGUUCCUCGCCUGUUGUCCUCUUAGUACCGAGUUUGGUUGCUCACCUCAAUUGUUCACCUGUAGGCUACCUUUUAGCCUCCAAUUGCAAUUGCCAAUGUCCGAUAUAACUAUCACCAACAGCAACGUCUGCGCGUCUGCCAGAAAACGCCCCUUUACGAUACAAGGUGCCAUCGAUGAACGAUCUCAGGAUAAGAUUACGGUAUGGGGACGCAAAGGUACAACUUCGGCACUCGGGGGUGUGGCAUGUCUCGCGAUGAUGGUAGUCUGCCCCAUGAUCACGAUUUUCUGGUGGACAUCCCUGAGCCACUAUGAUGGUUCUCUCUACCAUGCUGGUGUGUCCAUGGUGAAAACUGGGUUGAUACCGUUCUUCAUACAGAAUACUCCGGGAACAACUUUGCCUGUUGUGACUGUAUAUGCAUGCUGGACCCUGUCUCAUGUCAUUCUCUACUCUUUCCUGCCGGGGACGCGAUGCAAAGGUCAACUCACGCCGGCUGGAAAUUUGUUGGAAUACAAGAUAAACGGUUUCCUUGCGUGUAUAGUGUCGCUACUCCUAGCUGGAGCCCUGCACUACUACGGGCUCUUUGACCUGGCCUUCGUGGCUCAGAAUUGGGGAAGCUUUGUAUGCUUGUUCAAUAUCUAUGGCUUGCUACUGGCAUUGGUAUUCUACAUCAAAGCCCACGUCUCUCCUACUCAUCCCGAGGAUAGGAAAUUUAGUGGUGAGAAUUAUAAAUAAACAUAUAUAUGUCUUUUCCAGUGCUAUAAGUACUAAUUGUGUCGGUCAGGAUCUAUAUUUUACGAUUUCUAUAUGGGUAUAGAAUUUAAUCCCCGUCUCGGCGCGGACUGGGAUAUGAAGCUUUUCCACAACGGGCGUCCAGGCAUGAUUGGGUGGUUAAUAGUGUAAUAUCCCCUCUCUUCUCCUGAUCUACUAUUACUUCUAUGACACUGUGCAUUACUAAUGACGAAUAGUGAUAUGUGCUUUGCGGCCUGGCAAUAUCAACAACAUGGAUAUAUUACCAACUCAAUGAUUAUCACCAGCUUCCUUCAUGCGGUAUACGUCAUUGAUUUCUUUUGCAACGAAGGCUGGUAUGAUCCAUCCCUGCAUUUGAGUCAAAAAAAGGAGAAGUCCUAAUUUAAUUAUUCAGGUACCUAAAAACACUCGAUAUGUGCCAUGAUCAUUUCGGAUUCUAUUUCUCCUGGGGUAUUGCCGCAUGGCUUCCUGUGAUGUACACCCUCCAGACACAAUAUCUGGCCACCCACCCAGUCGACCUCUCCAGUUGGACUGCAGCAUUGAUCUUGACAACUGGAGUGUCAGGAUACGUCCUGUUUCGUGCAGCAAACCAUCAGAAAUAUAUUUCCCGUGCCACAAAUGGAGACUGUAAAAUAUGGGGUAAAUCUCCACAGUUUAUCCUUGCCAAAUACAAAACGGCCGAAGGAUCUAUGCACGAGUCCCUCUUGUUAUGUUCAGGUAAGCUCCCAAUUAUUUCUAUCGUCAUAUCGAUGUACCUUCAUAGCCAACAAGUACUCUAGGCUGGUGGGGACUUGUUCGUCAUGCCAAUUACCUUGGUGAUUUGAUACUUUCUUAUUCCAUGUGUGCCUCUUGCGGGUUCACGAACUUGCUUCCAUGGACUUAUGCCAUUUACAUGACAAUCCUUCUUGUCCAUCGAUGCUAUCGAGAUGAAGUGAGGUGCCAUAAUAAGUACGGGGACUCUUGGAAAGAGUACUGUGCCAAGGUGCCAUACAGAAUUAUCCCAGGAAUUUUCUAGCUGCGUCACUUUAUACUCUUCAUGCUUUGUUUUAUUGAUUCCAUAGAGAUGUGGGUCAAGUUACAACCACAACGAGAGACCGUGCUGGAAGGAUUCUCGGCAGCUUUGU